GAGUGGCCUUGGCUCGCGCGGCGCGCUCACGUGUAGGCGGUUGAGCACCGGGAGCGCGCCGAGGCUCGGGGAGCGCGCAGACACGUACCGGUGCCGCUGGUCCACCCUGUCUUGCUGCUGAGGGGUAUUGUUACCCUUCUCCUCCGAGGGGCCAGGCGGGUGGGAGCCGGGUUCUUGUGCGCAGGCGUCCCCUGUGUCCCGACGCCCGGCUGUCUCUGCGGGGUGGGGCAGGGGCUGGUGCCCUGCAGAUCUCCCGCUGGAGAUGGAGCCUCCCGGGAUGCUGUGGGAACAGGUUCCCGAUCUGCAUCCUGACAGGAUGAGCCGAGGAGCGGCUGCCCUGCGGGAUGGAGGCGAGUGGCUCUCUUGUCCCUGACUUGGCUCCUUCUGAACGAUGAGGUUUCGUUUCAUCAGAGCAAGGCCACAAGCGGUCUGGAUUCGGGAGCCAGCGGCCGACUACAGGGGUGGAGUCGGCGUUUGGGAAUGCCCCAACUUGUUAGACAAAAGUGUUUAGUAGGCAUUUAUUGAAUGCCCACUUCUUCCAGGCUUCGUGCGAGGAGCUGUGGGAUGCGGUGGUAAGAGACAGCCGUCCCAUCUUCUCCCCGUGGGGACCGACUGCUUUGCACAUAAACAACAGUAGAAAUAAGGCAGUGGGGUAAGGGGGCUUGGAGGUUAGGGUUUUUGUUUUGUUUGUUUUUCUGAAGUGCCACUCACUAUGAUCAGUCUCUGCCCUAGCAUAGUGGAGGAUACUGUAGGAGCCACAUUUUGGUUAUUUAAUUUGGAGGAAAAUUUUAGGUUAAAGACUCAGCGAGGUCGUGUGCUGUGAGUCUAGUUAAUUUAAAAUAAUAAAGCUCGUCUCUUUCAACGUUUGAAACAAAAAUAUUUCCAAAAUGUGUUCUUGUAAUGUUGAGUUGAAGUAAGACGUUGAGAGAAUACUGUGCCUUAACCAUUCGUGAUUUGUCUUUGUAUGAGAUGUUGUGCUUUACAUGAUUUUAAAAGGUGGACCGGGCACGUCAUGGCUUUACUAGAUGUUUUUGUUUUCAUUUGACCAAAAGUCUUGUGGUUGGCAGUAAGCUAAAGUUGUGGCGAGGGGAGAGGACAGAUGGGCAAAGGAGAGAGUGUUAGAGAAAAGCCCUAAGCUAAAGGAAGGCCUUCCACUGCUCCCUUUGGAAAUCUCAGCAAGCUUGAGAAGACAGACAGACGGACGGACAGACCUGGCCACUGCUGCAGACUUGGUGACCUGCCAGGGUCGCUAUGUAGUCCUGGCUGUCCUGGAACUCACCACAUAGAGCAGGCUGGCCUCAGUUCAAAGAAAUCUUCCCACUUCUGCUGCCUGAGUGCUGGGAUUAAAGGCAUAAGUAUUAUAAUGACAAUGGAUUUUCCUGGUCAUUUUGAGCAGAUCUUUCAGCAGCUGAACUACCAGAGACUUCACGGCCAGCUCUGUGACUGUGUCAUUGUAGUGGGGAACAGGCAUUUCAAAGCCCACCGCUCCGUGCUGGCGGCAUGCAGCACGCAUUUCCGAGCUCUGUUCUCUGUGGCAGAGGGAGAUCAAACCAUGAACAUGAUCCAGCUAGAUAGUGAGGUGGUGACAGCAGAGGCCUUUGCUGCACUGAUUGACAUGAUGUAUACCUCCACCCUCAUGCUGGGGGAGAGCAACGUUAUGGAUGUCUUAUUGGCAGCCUCUCACCUGCAUUUGAACUCCGUUGUUAAGGCAUGUAAACAUUACCUGACAACAAGGACGCUGCCCAUGUCUCCCCCUGGUGAGCGUGUUCAGGAGCAGAGUGCUCGCAUGCAGCGCUCUUUCAUGCUGCAGCAGCUGGGACUGAGCAUUGUGAGCUCAGCCCUCAGUUCCAGCCAGAGCGGCGAGGAGCCGCCAGCCCCCAUGAGCUCAUCCAUGCGCAGCAACCUGGAGCAGCGGACACCCUUCCCCAUGAGACGCCUUCACAAGCGCAAGCAGUCUGUGGAGGAGCGGGCCCGGCAACGCCUCCGGUCCUCCAUGGAUGAAUCUGCCAUUUCAGAUGUCACUCCAGAGAGCGGCCCUUCCGGAGUGCAUUCUCGGGAAGAGUUCUUUUCACCAGAUUCUCUGAAAAUUGUGGAUAAUCCUAAACCCGAUGGGAUGGCUGACAACCAGGAAGACAGUGCUAUGCUGUUUGAUCGGCCGUUUGGUGCCCAAGAAGAUGCCCAGGUGCCCAGCCAGUCAGAUGGCAGUGCUGGCAACAUGGCCUCCCGAGCAACUCAGGUGGAGACUAGUUUUGAACCAGAAGCUGUAGCUGAGAAGGGCAGUUUCCAGUGUGAGAACCCUGAGGUCGGCCUUGGGGAGAAGGAGCACAUGAGAGUGGUGGUCAAGUCUGAGCCCCUGAGCUCCCCCGAGCCGCAGGACGAAGUGAGCGACGUGACCUCCCAAGCAGAGGGCAGCGAGUCCGUGGAAGUGGAGGGAGUGGUGGUCAGUGCCGAGAAGAUAGACCUCAGCCCUGAGAGCAGCGAUCGGAGUUUCUCAGAUCCUCAGUCCAGUACGGACAGGGUCGGGGACAUCCACAUUUUGGAAGUCACAAAUAAUCUAGAACAUAAGACCUCUUUUAGUAUUUCAAAUUUUCUCAACAAGAGCAGGGGUAGUAACUUCAGUGCAGGUCAGAGCACCGAUGAUAACAUCCCAAACACCACCAGUGACUGCCGGCUGGAGGGCGAGGCCCCCUACUUGCUGAGUCCAGAGGCUGGGCCUGCAGGUGGGCCUUCCUCUGCCCCUGGUUCCCAUGUGGAGAACCCAUUCAGUGAGCCUGCAGACUCCCACUUUGCCAGGCCUAUGCAGGAGGUGAUGGGCCUGCCCUGUGUGCAGACCUCAGGCUACCAAGGAGAACAAUUUGGGAUGGAUUUUUCCAGGUCUGGCUUGGGUCUCCACUCUUCCUUCUCCAGGACAAUGAUGGCUUCCCCAAGAGGAGGAGCCAGUAACUUUCCAUACUACCGCCGCAUAGCUCCCAAAAUGCCGGUUGUAACUUCCGUCAGGAGCUCCCAGAUCCCUGAAAACUCCGCCAGUUCCCAGCUAAUGAUAAACGGGGCCACCUCAUUUGAAAAUGGCCACCCUUCUCAGCCUGGCCCUCCGCAGUUGACCAGGGCAUCUGCUGAUGUCUUGUCAAAGUGCAAGAAGGCCUUAUCAGAGCACAAUGUCUUGGUUGUGGAGGGGGCUCGAAAGUACGCCUGCAAAAUCUGCUGUAAAACCUUCCUGACUCUGACAGACUGUAAGAAGCAUAUCCGAGUUCACACGGGUGAAAAGCCCUACGCCUGCCUCAAGUGCGGCAAGAGGUUCAGCCAGUCCAGCCACCUGUACAAACACUCGAAGACCACCUGCCUGCGCUGGCAGAGCAGCAACCUCCCCAGCACCCUGCUCUAACUGCUGUCCUCCGGACAGUCCAUGGGCAAGGUCUGCACUGAGAUGGAAGUUGCUCUCGGCAGCUAAGGCCGCUGGACUGCAGGCCGCAGCUGGCCGGUGGCUCUUGGAAUUUCAGCCUGUGGUAAGCAGAGGACUGUGAGGUGCGGCAUGCACAGCGCUGCCUUUGAGUGAGGUGUCACCAGGGAAACUGACGUGAGCGCUGGAACCCAGGCCUUCCUCAGGGCUGAGGAAUGCAGUCGUAAAGUAGUUUGUCCUUGAUGGUAAGAGUGGGAAGCUGGAAACAUUGUAACACUAUUUUAAAGCCCUGGGAAGCGUUUAAUUAAAUUUCCUACAUCCUUUGAUGGGAGUAUUCCAACCCUGUACAGAAAUGCAAAACAUACGUCUGCGUAACCAGGUCACUUGGUGCUGUCUGGAAAAAAAAAGGCCCUGGAGGGCAAGCUUGUCUGCCACAAAUGCUUUAAAGUGUAUCUUGAGCUAGUCCUAGGCCUCAGAAAGUACUGUAUUUGUUUUUUUAAUCUGAGUUGCAGUCACAGACACUGCCCUCUGAUGGUGCUGGCACUGGGUCCAGGUAAACAUGCCCUUGGACAACAGGUGUAUAGUAUAUACUUUUGAAUCAUCUCUGUGGAGUAGGUGUUUUUAAUAAUUGUUUUUCUAGUCUUAAAAACAGUUGUAGUGGAGUAUGUACCUGUACGGAGUGACAGUGGGUGUUUCUGUACGUGCUGUGUUAGCAGUGUUGAACCAAUGUAUUGCCGAUGCUAUAGUUCUUUGAAGUCAGGAGGAAGCCAGUGUCCAUCUUCGUUCUGGCGAUACGGAGUCCUGUUUUGUGGGUUUUCCUGGUGCAUUUGCCUUUCAUUCCACCCAGAUGGCCAAGGCACAGCACUUCUCACUCCCAAGCCCCAUAGACCAUCUCUCUGGGCGGAACCAGCUGAACUAACCACAGCAGCCAUGGUUUAUUACUGCUCUGCUAGGCUUUCAAAGCUACCCCUCAGCUGUCAGCAGUGUCCUCCUUAACAGUACUCAGUGGUUAGUUAUUUAAACCUAAAUGUGGUGGUGUCCAUGACUCAGUGGUUUCCAGGCUUUGGAAGAGUUAGGCAGCCCACAGCACAGAACUCACCAGAAACAUCCAAGGCUCUUGGGGAGGCAUUCGGUUCGCUGUCCAGGAUCUCUUGUGUCCUCUGUCUGCCUUGCUGUCAGGGCUGCUGCAUCCUGGCGUGUACCCAGGGAACAGUAUGGGCCUGUGUAUCUGUAGGCUCGUUUACUUCAUUCAUGGACAAGAAUUCCUGGUUUUCUUUCAUAAAUCAGAGAUACCAAACCAUUGUGCAUAGUUCAGAGAAAUUCAGUUAAGUGUAGAAAGCUAUGUAUUUCUGUAUUUCCUACAACAAAAAUGAGUGUGUGUCUUCUCUUAAGCUAGUGUGACCAUGAAUCUGUGGAUAGACCUGUCAUGUUCUGAGAGAGCAUGGCAUCUGAACUGAUUCCUAGGGAAGAAAGCCCAAUGGAAACCUGGACCCUCCUAAGCAGGUGUGUGAGAGAGACACCAUUGGAAGCAAUAGGGUCACUUGAGAAACUGCUGUGUGGCUUAUUGUCAUCAGUCCUGUUGAGACAUGAUGGGGGUGGGUCUGUAUCCACCUUCAUGGUGUGGGGACCAGUGGGAGUCGUGGGUCAGCAUGGAGAAGCAGAGAUGCCCUGCUGGGUGAGGAGCCAGUGUCACAGCAGAGAGGCAGUCCCCUGCCAUCCUGUGUUAAGGAUGUAGUGUUUGGAGUCUGCCCCUCACCUCAGCUUGGAUACAUACAGAUGGAUUGGCUUUGGGGCCUGUCCCUGGCGCAUGAAGGAGCCUGCCUCUCCACAGCUGGAUGGACCUGGAAUCUCAUCUACCUCGUAGUCGGUCUCUACGUGUGAGAAGCAAGCUUGCAGGCCUGUGUCCUCCAACAUGCUGUAGCACUUAAAGAUUUCCACGGGUCCCUGGGGAACUAGACCCAGGGUUGCUGUGACCUCGAGUUCUACUGGGAUUCUAACUGGUACUGGGGACCUGACUUUUGAUUUUUGUAGCCUUAAUUCUAGCCCGGCAUAGUCAUGUACAAUCUUCUGGAGACGGCAUCAAGUGUAGAGGCACCCUGUUGGUGCUAAUGCUGGUUAAAACAGAUUUUGAAAUAAAAAAUUUGUCAUA